CCAAUUGAUUAGUUGCUGGUGCAAGUGACCGACAUGUUGCCCUCAACAGGUCUGUUCAAGAGUUUCGCUUGUCCGUACUUCGAGAGUGCCGGCAAUGGCGAAGCAUCACAAACUUGCAAACGUCCUUUUUGCCAUUUUAUGCAUUUACGCAGAGACGAUGAAGAAGUUUCGAAUAUACCAGAGUACAAGCCUGCGUCGGCGCCAAAGUUGCUGUCCUUGCCAUUGCCUGAAAUAACACUCUGUGCGCCUAAAAAGAAGCCCAACCUUGAGUAUCACCCAGAAAAACCUGCACUAAAUGCGUCCCCGUCAAAGAAGAGUCUUAGCGAUGGCAUGGCCAAUGUGCCAAAGUAUGUGCCAUCGCAGCCAAGUACGAGCACAAACGGCGGCAGCGGUGUUUGGAUGAAUGACGAAUUUGAUGAUGAGCACAUGCAGAUUGAACCCAAGGAGGCAUCCAAUAAACCAGAUGAUAUUAAAGCCGAACAGCCGGCAUCCAGCGAACAAGAACCAAAGAGCACCACUGAAAAGAAAUCAUCCUCAGGCCACAAACGCAAACACAAAUCAAGCAACGAGCGGGACAAAAAUAAGGAACACAAGUCUUCAACGCAUAAAGAUGACAAGUCGAGCACAAAGCACAAAUCAUCCACAUCAUCUUCCAGCACCUCAUCACACAAAAAGUCGUCAAGCGGCGACAAGCAUCGCAGUGAGAAAAGUUCCAGCUCCAGCAGCAGAACUAGCCGGCAUAAGAGCAGUUCAUCAAGCUCAUCGAAAAGUCGCAAACAUGAAAGUUCCAGCGCCAAGUCCUCUGCAAGCACAUCCAAGCCAAAAAGUUCAACAGCUAGCUUAAGUUCUCCAAGUAAGGUUGAAACAGCAAAGGAAACUAUAAGCAGCAAACCCACUAACCCCGCUGAGCACGUAGAAUUAGAUUAUAAUGUUGAGGCAGCCUCUGAGGCGGAAAUUGCGCGUCAAUGCGAAAUGAUAUUUGAUGAAUUGGAGCAGGAGUUUGCGAAACAACAUAAGGAAGAUGAAGAUGUUCCAGAGAACACGCGCAAACGCAAGGCAUCCACACCUGAUAUUGAUGCCUACACUGAAGCCGCUACGGCAGCAUUACAGAAGCGUCGUGUUGCCCAUGAGAAUGCAGACAAAUGCAAGCCACAAGUGCCGGCUGUGGUCCAUAAGCCCAACCACAUACGCAACGCUAUGCAGGCAAUUUUCGAUCGCCGUGCUGAGCUGCGUCGUCAAGAGAAAAUGCGUGCUGAUGCAGAUGCUGAGCAGCUGCGACAGGCACAUGAGCGUGUGCGCAUAGCGCAAGAAGAAUUGCGCGAAGCUAGAGCCAAGACACUCACACCGCUUAUAUCACGCGCGGCGUUGACUCCGCCAGUCCGCACAGGUCGUUCCAUUACGCCAGCAGCCAAUGUCUUGGCCAUUGCGCGAGCCAAGAAAAAAAUUCAGGAGCUGCAGGCUGAAAGGAAGCCUGCAUUUACAACUGCACAGUCCUUCAAGGGUGGCAGUCGCGUAGCGCAUACACCCACCGCAGCAUUGGACAAGGUGGCACCAGCAGGUGCUGUUACGGCAGAUAAACCUCCUGUGCUGGAGCCACAAAGCUCAAAGAUUUCUUACAACAUACGCAUGCAGUAUUAUGAGAUGAUGGUAAAGCAAUGCACUGUCAUCUAUCCACAGUUGACAGACGCUUGGGAGCGUGCACAGGUCGAAGAGCUGGCAGCAUUCAAAAAAUGCAACACGCCUGCCAUUUACAAGAAUAGCUGCAUGCUGGCCAUUAACAAGCUGCGCAAGGAGGCCAUUGAGGCGGGCAAUCAGCCGAGCGCGGCCAAUAAGACAGUUUCCCACGAGAUGAUGCUGGGCGGCAAGCGUGCACUGAGCACAUCAUGGAGCGUAGAGAAAAAGUCCAAAACAAGCGCAACAACCACAGGUGAACCCUUUGAUGCACUGAGCGCUGAGAAGGCCUACGAAAUGGUUUACGAUUUGCGUUUAACUGAUGAGCAGCUGGUGGAGAAUGGCUAUCCGCGACCAGGCACAGCUCGUGGCACUGCUAUCAUACGCGCCUGUCGUCCCAAUCGUCGCCCCAAUGAAACCGAACGUUAUUGCUCGCGUUGCGGCAAGGUCUUCAAUCUAAAUAUAUAUGAAACAAAGUGCACCGACAUGUGCAACUAUCAUCCAAAGAGCACAGGUUAUCGUCGCGGCUUCUCGGAUAAUCAUCAUCGUUGCUGCCAGCAGCCCGCAGGCACGCCCGGCUGCGGCUAUGCCAACUAUCAUGUCAGUGACUAUUAUGAUCCGAACAAGCUAACCUGCUUCAUUAAAACCAUUGAGCGUGCGGAUGACUAUGUGCCCACCAAAAAGGAUAUCUAUGCGCUCGACUGCGAAAUGUGCUACACUACGCAUGGUAUUGAGCUUACGCGCGUAACUGUUGUGGACAUCAACGGACGCAGCGUGUACGAUGCGCUGGUCAAGCCUGACAACCAAAUUGUUGACUAUAACACGGUCUACUCUGGCAUUACCGAGGCAAUGUUAGAGAAGGAGACACGCACUCUGCGCGAUGUGCAGGCCGUGCUUAUGUCCAUGUUUCACGCCAAAACUGUACUGGUAGGACACAGUCUGGAGAGUGACAUGAAGGCUCUUAAGCUUAUACACGAUGUGGUGGUGGACACCUCUGUAUUGUUUCCCCAUAAAAUGGGACUACCCAAGAAGCGCGCACUCAAAACUCUUUGCAUUGAAAAUCUAAAACGCAUUAUACAAGAGAAUGAUGCUGGCCACGACAGUGCGGAGGAUGCCGAAGUUUGCAUACAGUUGAUUAAAUAUUAUCUGCGUAAUAAAAUAAGUUGAGCUGUUCUUUAAGGAACUGUAAAUGGUGCUCUGCGAUUUGCUAAUUGAAUUCUUUUUUUUGUUUUUUUUUGUUUUCAUUACAUACAUAUGUAUGUACGAAUGUAUUUGCAAAUCAUCGUCAUACCAUAUAAAUCAAAACGUAUCUCUAAUGUAAGCGCUAACAAGGCGUAAUAUUUAUCAAUUAAAAAUUA